GCACUCGAACAAGUCGACAAUUUUUAUUGCAUACUGUAAACAACGAACAACGUCGUCCUUUGUUCACAAAGAUAAUUUUCCCAAGUAGUAUAUCUACUCAUAUAUGUUUCCUCUUUGUUCUUAAUCAUCACUCAUCCGGGCAUCACUUGGAGCCUGUCGAGCGGUCAAAUUCAUUGUUUUCGUGAAUUUCAGGCACACAAAGUUCACCCACUGUCUUAUCUAUAAAAUGCGUCUCACUAAUCGCAGUAAAUAGGUUCAAAUGACUGUUUUCAAUUGUACAAUUGAAGAAGUUUCAACAUAACGUGAUAGUGGUGGAUAGUGAAUUGUUCAAUUUGACAGUGUGAUGUCUGCGAGCCAGUACAUAUGCCGGUUACCCGAUGAAGUACAAAACUACGCCAAAGACGUUUUGGGAGAAACAGAAAGUAGCAGGAGGUACGGUUUGGAGGAACUGAAGAAAUGGGCUGAUGAUAAUCCUCAUUUACACGUUCGAUUAGAAGAAAAGUUCCUCUUACCCUUCCUCAGAGUGUCCAAGUUCGAUUUGGAGAAGGCCAAAAGGAAACUCACCAAUUUCUACACGAUGCGGAGGGACAGGAAGGAAUGGUUCACCAACAGAAAUCCAAGAUUAUCUCAGAUCCAGGAGUUGACAAAGAUGGGCAGUUUUUUGGUUUUAAAGAAAACCUUCGAGAAUCAGAUUAUCGUGAUCGUGAAACCAACCAUUCAUGACCCUAAAAUCUAUCAUUUGGACGACGUCAUAAAAAGCGGACUGAUGGUACUAGAUGUUGCGGUGAUGGAAGAAGAACUGGCUCAAAUCUACGGCGUCAUAGCCAUCAUCGACAUGGUCAACGUUGGUUUCGGCCAUCUGAAGUAUCUUACACCUACUCGUAUAAAGAAUUUGGUGAACGCUUGGCAGAACUUCCACUGCAGACCUCAAAGGAUAGAAUUCGUUAACGCCCCCACUUUUAUCAACGUAGUGCUGGACAUCUUCAAGAAGUUCAUGACUAUGAAACUGAAACAGAGGACGCACAUCUGUUACGAUGGCUUCUCGUCCUUGGCCAAGUUCGUUGAUAAGGAAAUUUUACCGGAAGAAUACGGAGGCGUUGAGGGGUCUUUGACGGAGUUGGGGGAGUACUGGAGCGAAAAAUUGGUUUCUUACUCGGAAUGGUUCGCAGAAGACGAGAAGUUCAAGGCGGAAGUGGAAACGAACAAAAGCAACUGGUUCACACUCAACCGUUCGAAACCUUGAAGAUUUCGCCCGCAUUCUUUAUUUGUGUGAUAAACGCUUUCAAUUUGGUUCGUCUAUCUAUGGUCUAUAUUUGACAACCCGGAUCAAAAUCAAUCAGAAUUCUAUUAUUUAUUAUGUGAUUUCAAUAUUUGAAGCGAAGGUUUAUGUUUUCUUUAUCGACUGACUAAUACUUUAUCAUCCAUUUCGUGCGAUUCUUAUCGAAAAUCAGCAAUUUCGAGUUCAUGGUUAGUUUAUGCAGAGAUGAAAAUGUGAAGAAUUUAUUGAAAUUAGCUGAUGAAGUUGCUUACUUGACAUAUAACCUCUGAAAGAUAAACAAGAAAUGGUAGGCACAGAACACUAAGAUGGUAGGAGCCAUAGACACAGAGAACUUUAUGUCUAUGUUAAACUCUAUGUCUAUGGUAGAAGCUAGUGUUCUGUGCAAGGCACUACCAACAAAGAGAAGUUGAUUUUCGUUUUUGCUACUAAUAAGAAGCUAUAGAAUAUUCUUAAUCUUCUUGGAGACUAAUUCAACACUCCAAUGGAAAAUUAGUAAUCAAUAUCAGAGCUUGCCAUUUAAGUCGAUUUGUAUAAAAGCAAAUACCAACAAAUUGAAAUUGAACUAUGUACAUACCCAUAUUUUCAAUAAACAGACGAGUUAAUUUACAA